GUGACCCUUUUGUAAAAUAAAUUUGUUGUCAUAAACAAUAUCGAACACACGUGAAUUAACAAUUAAAUGUCAAUAACUUCACUGGUUUAAACAAUGAGUACGCAAAAAGGAAACACGAAAAAAACUGGCCCACCCAAAUACCAAAAUCGACAUGGUUUCAAAAAUGUUUAUCAUGACACUAGCAAGCAGACACAGAAGAUCGUAAAUACCGAAGUGGCUGGGGUUUGUAAAAGAUGCAAAGAUGUCAUUGACUGGAAAAUAAAGUAUAAGAAGUACAAGCCGUUGUCACAAGCCAAAACGUGUGCAACAUGCAGACAGAAGACAGUUAAGAAGGCCUACCUGGUGUAUUGUCAGUCAUGUAGCGCUGUGUCUGGCAAGUGUGCAAAAUGUGGUGAGAGUACAGAUAUAGUUCAAAAACCUAGCAAGUCACCUGCAGAGGCUGCUUCUGAUGACAGAGAUUUGCAGUUUGAACUUGAACAACUGCCAGAAAGAAAACGCAGAACAUUCCUUAGAAACCAGGAAAAAGGCUUGCUAUCUGAUACAGAUGCCUUUGCAAGCAGCAAAGAUGAGAGUGAUAACAAUGAGGAUUCAGACAGCAACGAGGAUUCAGACAACAGUGAGGACUUAGACAACAGUGAGGAUUCAGGUUGUGGUGAAACUAGCAUCAAAUCUGGGGGUCUUUCCGACAGAGUGGAACAGCGAGUGAUGGAGACUAAUAGAGAUUUGGAUGCUGGUACAUGUCAGUCUGAUUCACUUGACAUGCACUUGAAGGUUGACAUAUCUGAGACCAAUAAUGAUAUGCGGAAAAUGAACAUUUUAGAACCUGGACAGUGUUAA